AACAAAAUUCUCACACCAUGUUGAACUCGUAAAAUCAAAUAAUCAUGCUAUUUUCACGUAAUUUAAUAUCUUUUACGUGCUGUACACGAUCUACAAUACAAUAUAACAAUGUAAGUCAAUAUCGCUUUCAUCCAUAACCAAUUCCUGAAUUGGUUCUCCCAAUGCCAAUAUUAUGUUACCUAUCGGUCCAUCAUUAGAUUUAAAUUUUCAAAAUGUGGUAGCUAUUUGUCAUAAAGAGACACAGACCAGUAGCACCAAUCUCAAAGACUCUAGUACGACGACGGGUUUGAAAGAUGACAAAGGAUCUUUGAAAAUAUUCGAGUUCAGUGAAGUGGUGCAAGAUCCGAAACAUCCUAGAGAUAUCACAAUAAUAAAGGACGUUUUUGCAGAAGAAAUUCAUGACCACAACAGUCCCAGCGGAUCAGUGUCGGACGAUGCCGUAGCAAAUAGAUACAGAUACUGCCGUGAAGUCAUAAAGCCUUACCUCAAAGAUUACCCAAAAGAUUGUCCUGUUUCAGACGAUCAAUUGAUUAGAGAUGCAUUAGACGCUGCGCACGAAGAUUUCCCGGAUUACGAGCCCUGUUUUGAAGGAUACGACGGUAACCCAGAUACUGAUAACAAUAAGAACGGUUCGUCAAGUACUUUAAAAGAUAGCAACAAGUCUGGGAUACUUGCAAAAGAUUCCAACAGUACUUGUAAGAAAGGGAAACACAUUAGAUCAGAUUUUUCAAAAACCAAUCUCAGUCGGAAUAAUACCUCGACAAACUUGAAGUUGCUCAAUAUGGAUCAGCAGCAAAAAGAAGGCUGCCCAGAAAAAGUGAAACCUAAAGGUUGUCCAAGUAAGGCUAAACCAGGGUGCCCUCAACCAAUAGAAGUUUGCAAGGACGAGGCUUUGUGGCCACCGGUAGGACCUCCUGCUUGCCAAGCAAAAUCUACGGAAGGUACAUCGAGAUGUAAAGACAGAGUGCCAUCGGCCGGGCCUUGCAACGAAAAACCUGCUGCACCGCCGAAAAAAGAAAAAAGCUGUGACCAACACCGCAGUGAUAUGAGUGAUAUCAAGAAAAGAUUUGGCAUUGAAUGUGACUCUACAACGACUCCACCAAAGCAAAAGACAAUGAUAGAAGCCCACAGCGAGGCGAUUGCUACCAUCAAAUCGGCUGUUGAAGAUUUCUUUGGCAAAGUAUAUCAAUCAACUAAAGACGCUGUGACAAUUAUAAGAACUGAAAGUGUGAGGCAUUUGGGGAGGAUAACUGCGAAGAAAUCUGUAAGCAGCUCUGAUAUUCUGCCACAAAAGGUGCACGAGAAUAAAAGCUCAGAAACGAUCACAAGCUUCAAUUAUUUUAGAUCAACUGAUAACCCUGACUCGAAGACUCAAAGCACGGAUAGCGAGGAACCAGAUGACACUAUGGAUAAAGCUGGACAAGUGAUUGGAAAGAUUUUUGCUAAAGUUGAUUCGACCUUAUCGAUGCUAAGCGAUCAUAUUGAUUUGCAAAAGGUCAAAAGUUUGAUCACUUUUGAGGACCUAUCAAGCAGAAAUCCUUACGACAAAACAAAGUCGGAAGAACCUGCUGCCACAACCACUAGUGUCCCAAAUAGUGUGUUCACAGCGAUCAAGUCUAGAAUAGUUUCGAUGUUUAGCGAUGGAGAGACCGCAAAAGAAAAUGAAUCGCAAAGAUCUAACGUUUCCGGACAAUCUUCGCUUUCCAGCGUCAUUAACGAAGAGAAAAGAAAGAAACACUAAUACAUUGCAAAUAAAAAUUUAA